AUGGGCUCAUCCAAGGCGGCCAUGGUGGAGGAUUUUCUUAAGGCAGUGGAGGGCGGUGGCGUUCCCAUGGGCGUCGCUCACCGUGGGUUUCCACAGUGGCGGCGACCAUUGUGGCCUCCCACAGUGACGACCCUCGAGUCGUUCACUGUGGACGCCACAGUGGCGUUGUCCACUGUGGUCGCCCACAGUGGUGGCUCUAAGCCUGCGCCAACCACUGUGCAAACCAUAGUGAGUGAUGGAGAGGGAGUUUUGCAAAAUGCAAUUGCAAAGGUUAAGCGAAUCGUCGAAGGGAAGAUCAAAAUGGGAACUGAGGAAUAUAUAAUGUUUUAUACUGGAAGCUACAAUAAGUACCAUAGAGUUCAUGCCACUUUGAUGCAGGUUGAAUAUGAGAAAGCCUUAGAAGAUCAUAUUAAUUCAACAGUUGCACCCGCACUGAGGGAGAAAGAAGAUGAGUUUCUUUUGAGAGAAGUUGGAAAGCAAUGGGAAUAUUACAAACGAAUGGUUAGAUUGCUAUUGAAUUUUGUGUUUUUUAAUGUAGCCAAGUUUGCUAUGAUCAAACCAAAUCCCAGCGAAGCUGCUCAGAGAUGCUUUCUUGAAAUGGUCUACAAUGAUGUUUUGUGCAGUAAUGUGCAGGCUGCUAUGAUGGUUCAAAUUAAUAAAAUGCGAGAGGGUGAGAGUAUUCUUGAUGGGACUGUAUUGAAUAAUGUUGUGUACUACUUGUUGAAGGUUGUGAAGUAUUUAACGCUGGAGAAAGAAACAAUUGCAAUGCAUUGUGUGCAUCAGAGUAGCCAAUCUGGGUAUGUAGAAAUGGUAGAAAAUGAACUUCUUUGCAAGCAUGAAACUCAACUUUUGAAGGAAGAUUUAGAUUGCCAUCCAUUGUUGAAAAAUGACAAGAUGGAUGAUCUUUCAGAGAUGUUUAAGUUGUUUUCUGGAUUUGGUAAAGGCAUUCAGCUCAUGGCCAAAAUAUUUAGACACCAUGUUACCAGGCAUGGUACAUCAAUUGUUAAACAUGGAGGGCAAAUGGUGGCAGAGGCAAUAAAGGUAAAUAAUAAAAAAGAAGUGAUUGCAAGUGAGAAAGAUCAGUUUAUGAGAAGUGUUAUCCAAUUGCAUGAGAAAUACUUACAAUGUGUGGAGGAGGAAUUUAUGAACCACUGCCUUUUCAAGAAUGCACUCGUGGCAGCCUUUUAG